AUGGCAGAAGUGCACUUGACAACGUAUGAUAAUCUGACGUUCUUCAAGGGACAUCGCGCCACCAAACAAAAGGGCUAUCACCACAUCUUCGAUCCGUACACCAGGUUUCGAUGGUUGCGCUUCCCUCACUUCUACCAAAAGCAAGGUUACGUGUACCUAUCCGCGGAGGUCCACCGGCACAAGGACAGCAUGUGGCGUAUUACAGAGAUUGGAACAGCCGAUAAAUAUCUCUGUCCUUUGGACGCCAAGCCGAAGGACCUCAUGGUGCAGGCAGUUGAUGACAUCUACGACCGCCCAGGCAGCGGCACUUGGAAGCGAACAUUCGUUCGCAACAUUGCCCCGUGGCACCUUCGCCUGGCUAAUUGGCCUACUAAUCACGUAGACUACCGUCGAGGCAAGCCUACAAAGGAUGACUGGCCCAUGAUCAUAGCCAAAUGGAUCCCCACCAGCCUCGCGCUCAUAUUCAUUCUCGGCUUGCCCUCGGACAUCAACGGCCAAGAGCGCAACGGAGGAAAAUACGACGCCUUCCCCUACCGGUACUACGGGUACCCAAAGGUCGCACGCAACCUUCUCGAAGACCCAGAAAAGCACCGGUCCGAUCAGCUUGCCAAAGCCGUCGACCCUACCGCCGAGCGCCUCCUCCGGCCACGGCAUCUUUGCUUCCUGGUAAAGCCGGACUCGAAGGAGAUGCUCGGAGUCACACCAAUGCCUGUAGAUGAGUGGAUCUCCAAGUAUAAGAGCGAAAGGAUUUUAGAAUAUCUUUUUGUGGCCUACACUGCGGAACAGUUUAGAAACAAUGAGAAGGAUAUGAAGGACCUCCAUCACAUCGCCGAGAAAGCUGCCAGAGAUGCGGGACUUCCGGCGUACUGGAUCGGGUGCAGCUGCAUGCCGGAGAAAGAGAAAGUUCAUGAGGAUGUUUUCCGCAUCAGCGAUGUCAUCCGUGGAGCCCACUCGAUGGUGAUCGCCGUCGGAAAGAGUGCAUCAAGACCCCAGCUCACCACUUCAUGGGAGCUCUUACGCCAGUGGGGCGAGCGUAUCUGGACCUUCCCCGAGGUUCUUCUGAGCCCAGCAGGCCAAGCGAUCAAAGUCUACCACCGCGAAGGGGACCUGGAUCAUCCGGAAGUGCUGGCAAAGAACCAGUUCGCAGCGCGCGUCUGGACUGACGCGUCUGAAUCGCGGCAGCUUGUCGAUCACUAUGAGGGCACCCUCCUCCUCAGUCGGCUGGAGCUGGUGACCCUUGCCCUGGCGUGUCUCCAUAGCCGGAAGACACAUGAAUAUCUGCCUGGCGACCACUCUUAUGCGCUCAUGGGCUUGUUGCGGCUUAGGCCCACUAUCGAUGGUACCGAUUCGGCAUUUCAGGCAUUUGCUAGACUUUCCCUUGCAAACGAUAGCGACAUGCUCCUCGAGCGCCUCAUCUGCGUCUACCCCCAAACGCCCAACCAGCCAUGGUUCUCGAUGGACGACGCUUACAAAGCCAAACUUUGGGACAUCUACCCCUCCUGCCAGAUCGCCGGUGUAGGUCACGACGACACUGUAAUCCUCGACGGGGCCCUCGCCGCCAACGUCCGCUGGAAGUCCUUCGCAACCGUGCGCAACCUCCGGCGCGCAUCCUGGGGCCGGUUCAUAGCGCAGAUAUUGCUGCACUUCGCCGGCUACAUGUUCUUCGUAUCCAUCUACCUGCUCGCAUCCGCCGCCGGGAACCCAACCAACGCCUUCUUCGGUUCAGUGCUGUUCCUCUACUCCGUCGGCGUUAUCGGCGCGGCGCCCAAACUCAUCCGCAUGAUCUACAGCGGCAAGUUCUGGCAGACGCAGCCGUGGCUGUUCGCUCUUGAAGGGUAUCUUGACAUCGAGUGCAUCGAGCGCCAAAUGUUCGGCGGGCGCCUGGAGCGGCUGCGCUGGACCCCCUUCGGGUCGCCGCUGAGCCGGCACCACCGAGACGAAUAUGGCGAUGUUGUCGGCGAUGAUCCGUGCGGUGACCCAGGCGUCAGGGAUCUUGUGCGCGCGGCCAAGACGGCCGGGCCAGGCGAGCAGAAAGUCUUCACGCUAAUCGACACGUACACGAUGACGGUGACGCUGUUCGCGGCUGCGAGGCCUCCCGUAGCGUUCCUGUUGGUCGGGGCCGAGGGCGGUAUGCAGCGCGCGGUGGGGUGCUCGCUGGAUUGUGCGACGGGCACGCUGUAUCGCGAGACAGUGCUCAGGAUGGAGACGCCGGUUAAGGAGAAGAUGGAUCGGAUUCCGAGGGCCAGAUUCGGGUUUAGGAGGCCCGAUAUGCCGGUUAGGAGGGCGGAGUGGGGGAAGGGUAAGACGAAGACGGUGAGGGGGAGUGCUGGGGAGGCAGAGUUGAGGUCGUGA